UAAAUCUAGCCAACAAGCAACAGCUAACCGGUGAAUGCCAUGCGAUCCAAUUCUGCAGCGGCCAUGAUGAGAAUGAAUUUUCUCGACCUUCGCGGUGAAUGAUGUGGAAGAAAAAUUUGAUGUAGACCCUAGCAGCGCAGAAAUUGAGCUCUAGCUGGGAUGAGAGCUCCAUCCAGAAAUUGCGGGGACCUGGCAGUCGAAGGUUUGUUUCCCCAGCGACGUUAACGUCACGUUUCCCCACAGCUGCCGGGCGCGGGCAGAGCUUCCGAACCCUCUCUCAACAAACACACAAAGUGUUCUUGUUUGCAGCGCUUAACAUUCAAUCCGCGACAAAUUCCCGCUAUAACUGCGACGACUUGCUCAGCAAACUCGGUCAAUCUUAGGAAGACGCGCGCCCUCUUUCGGAAUAACGCUCGGCCGCCAAGCCGGGAUAGCUUUCUACUGCCACUGCCACCACGACCCUGUCCACCUCCCUCUCCUUAGCAGAACAAGAUGCCGUCGUUACGGCGAGCGCCCAGAGGCGAGGCUGCGCGAGCAGCGCUAGGCAAUGAGGGCGCAGAAGAUGUGAUUGAUAAUACGGUUACACCGGAGAAGCCAAGUGACAGCAAGGCUGUCGGAAAGACAACGCCGAAGCGUCGCGGUGGCGCUGAUGAUGUCGAUGAUGUCGUCGCCGCUACUCCUGCCAAGGAUGGAGAGGGAGAAUUCCCCUCAAAGGCGGCGCGCUCGGCUAGGAUCCCGACGUUGGUGGUGUUCCCACUGGUGGCGGGCAUCAGCUUCAUCACGGCGAGUCUUGGAUACAGCGUGGUGGCUGAGUUGACGAACGGGGAGUUGGCGACUGUGAGCCGAAGCCAGGAGACGCCAGAGGAGAUCUAUAUUCUUGCUGGCUGGAGGGUAUUCGAGCUUGCGCUGAGCUGGUUCGGCGGACUAGACGGUUUGGAUGUUGCCAUGAUGGAUUUCCUGUCCCAUGGACCGGCGAUCUACCUUUUGUUUGCGUUUUACAACCUCAGUCCGAAAACCGCCAUUGCUGCCCUCGCCGUGGACGUCGUCUCUGCGUCGGUUCCCUUUUCUCUUUUGCGACCUUUUUCGGCUGUCCACAAGCCAUCUUCGAAGCUGCCUAACCGCGAGCUCAUCGGCUUCCCUCAGCAGCUACUCACCACGGGCCUCUCAACGAGCAUAUACACCGUCAUUCUGGUCCUGUCGCUGCGUUUCCUGCUGCCUAAGAUCUUUGUCCUGCACUUCGAAGGCAUCCCCAGCAUCGAGCCUGCGUACGCGGCGUCUUACGCUACCGUGCUGCCCGUGACGCUGCUUUUCGGCGCCGCUGCGAGCACCUUCAUCUUCCCGCCAUUUGCCACGGCUGGCAAGACAAAGGAAGACGAGCGCGUCACCAACUUCGACCCCGUUGAGGCCAGCCUUAGAGAGACUGUGUGGUGGAACUUCUGGGGCUAUACUACCAAGGCCAAGGUUGCCAUUCUACGCACAGCGGUGACUCUGCUGGUCACGGGUGUCAACACAUAUCUCUCUUGCGCCAUGACCAUCCCUGGCGUUGAGCAGACCGGGGCUGCUGCAUAUGCCGCCGUGUGGGUGUUUGCAGCUCUAUGCACAGGCGUAGGACUGGGAUUUGUGGGACGCGAUUAAAAAGCGUUCGAACCCUCUCUGCAAUGAGACUUGGUAGGCAGAAUUUUGGGUAGCUGGAGGUGCUAGGCAGACAGGUGAGAUGUAGGCAACGCUUGUCUAUGCCUUUACUCUCUUGCCCCUUUGAGUUUGUCUAAU